AGAGAAUCGACACAAUGUAUUGCUGAUCAUUCACUUUUUAUCCAUAAAUCUCCUGACAGUUUUACAACUUUGCUAUUUUACAUUGAUGAACUUAUUAUUAUAGGCAAUAACAUGAAUCUCAUCAAUAAGGUCAAAGCAACUUUGCAGGAAAACUUUCACAUCAAAGAUCUUGGAUCCUUGAAAUACUUUCUUGGACUGGAAAUAACUAGAAGCAGCUCGAGCAUCAACAUAUGUCAAAGAAAAUAUUCUCUGGAUCUUCUGUCAACAGCAAGACUGCUAGGCUGCAAACCUGCAUCAACACCAAUGACCAGAGAUACCAAAUUGAAGUCUAAUGAAGGCACACCUUUACAAAAUCCAACCACCUUCAGAAGACUUGUUGGCCAACUCAUUUACUUGCUCAAUACUCGACCUGGCAUCUCCUACUCUGUCCAACAACUAAGUCAACAUAUGAGCCACCCAACAAAUAUUCAAGAAGCAGCCUACGAUUUCUCGCAACUCCAUCAAAGCUGA